GUGUGGCCACGUACAACAGAACAAGGCAGGGCAGGGCGGUUCAGAGCAGCCCAUAUAUAAACACACAAGAGGCUGAGCAACUCCGAAUGAUCCAACUGGUCUCCACUCCCUCUGUGCUCUGCUCCAUCUCUUCAGUUUGUUACACUACUGCUAGUGCCCUCCUCUUCAUCUUUGUUGUUGAGGCAGUUUAGUCGGGCUCGAGCUCAGCAACAGCAAUGGAGGUGGAGGCUUGCUACAACUAUGGCUUCCUCCCUGCAGACAGAGGCAGGCACCAGCCACCACCACCACCACCCCACCCGGCAGAUGGUGAGUUGUGGGAGUACUUCCCUUGCCCUUUCUGCUACAUCGAGGUUGAGGUGCCCUUCAUCUGCAACCACCUUCAGGAGGAGCAUUGCUUUGACACCAGAAAUGCUGUUUGCCCGAUCUGCGCCAACAAUCUAGGGAGAGACAUGGCUGCACAUUUCAGAGUUCAGCACUCGCAUCUUCUCAAGAGGAGGAAACCUUCCAAGCCAUGCGCAUGGCCUGAAGCUGCUACCAACUCAGCAUCUGGGAAGGGAACAGCAACAUAUGAAGUGAACCCUUACUUUGAGGAGCCCCAGCAUUACAGGAUGAGCAUCGGCAGGCCAUACCAAGAGCCUGCCCCUGACCCACUGCUCUCGCAGUUCAUCUGCAGCGUUGAGCAAACCCACGACGCUGAGAAUGGUGCUGUAAAGACCCCAGAUGAUCAGAGUAGGUGCAGAAGAAAGGCAGCGAGUGAUGACGCGUCAUCCAAGCUGGGUCUGCAGGAGAGGUUGCAGAGGAUCGACUUCCUCACGGAGAUACUCAUGUCCACCAUUCUUUAAUGUGUUGCUGCUAUCUAGGGUUUCUUGAGCAGCUUUAUUUAGGCACUGUUAUUAUAUUAGGAUGUUACUUAUGUGGGUAUCAGCUGUAUCCAUACGCAUGAAUGUUGCAUAUUCUAGCCCAACCUUGUCCAUCUGAAUUGUUUUGUGCACAA